GGAGGAGGGGGAUUCGGGCUGUCAAUGUGGCUAUCAGUCACCGGCCACUCGGUUCGGUCUCUGAGGUUUCAGGUGUUAGGGCUCGGACGGAAUAGAGACCGGCAAAUGCGGAUAAACAAAAAUGGAAGAUAAUGGGACGAGUGACGAAUCUAUGAAUAAAGAAUCUGUGGCACUGGAAGGAAGUGUUUCAACAUGCAGGGAAAAAGAGCAUCAACAAGGUGUUGAUUUAGAACAGCACUCUGAGUCUGAGACUGAAACUGGCAAGUGCACGACAGGCAAUGCACAAAAUGAGGAGCGUGGGUCUGCUGGAAGCAUACUUGAAAGCAGUCCAAGUAAGGGGAAUGAGUCUGUCAACAGGACAAGAAAAAGACCGGAAUCAAAAGGAUCCAGUCAGCCAGGGUUAUCUGAACAACCACCUUUGGGAGUUGCUGACCAGGUGCAAGAUCUCCCUAAUCAAGAGACAGGAAGUUGGGGCUACUGGGGAAACUGGGGAAAGUCAUUGCUUACAACAGCAACAGCCACUGUUGCAUCUGUUGGUCAUGGGAUUUCCAAUGUGAUUGAAAAAGCUGAGACCACUCUUGGGAUUCCCAGCCCCACAGAAGUUUCAACAGAAGUGAACGUGUUCAAUGAAGACAAAGAAUUCAAGAAUGGUAAGAAUAGCCCGAAAGCAGAGAGCAUAAGCACUUCUCCAAGCAGUGGAGCAUUUGGGAUGUUUUCUACCAUCACUAAUGCCGUUCAGAGCACUGGGAAAUCUGUCCUGAGUGGUGGUUUGGAUGCACUUGAAUUUAUCGGUAAAAAGACCAUGGAUGUUAUUGCAGAAGGAGAUCCUGGUUUCAAAAAGACAAAAGGACUAAUGUAUAGGACAACCACAUUGUCUCAGGUUCUUCGAGAGGCUAAAGAGCGAGAACACCAACAAACAGCCGAGGAGGUUUCUGUGGAUACAGAAGAGAAGGCUCAUUAUGGAAUGUUAUUUGAUGAGUUUCAAGGUCUAUCCCAUCUGGAAGCUUUGGAGAUUUUGUCAAAUGAAAGUGAAGUGAAGGUUAAGUCAGUACUGAAUGCCUUGUCGGGAGAAGAUGUAGAAAAAUUGAAGGAGGAGUUAACAGCCAUAAAAGAAGCCUUUUGUUUAGCUGAAUUUGAUGAUGAGGAUGAAGAAGAUAACAAAGGGGGUGACGGGUCUGGAUUUGUGAAAGAAUUGUCUGAGUUGUUAUCAGAGAUGAAAAUUGCUGCUACAUCUGACAAACUGGGCCAAGCCAGAAAGCAUGCUCAAGAUCGUAUAAGUGAAAUAAAUGUUAUGUCACUGACGCAAGUAGAAGAUAUGUCAGAAGAUCCAGAGAAGAAAGAGCACAGUGAAGAAUCUAAACCUGAUGAUUUGAGCAAAGGUCAUAAACUUUCAAUUGAGAACAUCCAUACAUCUGCGAUCAGAAGCCUGGCAGAACUUACUGCUCGAUCCAUUGAACAAUUCCAUAAAGUGGCAGUACUAAUUCUUCACGGUCAGGACCAUGAUGUGGGUGCACUGGAUCGUGCAAAAACACUGUCAAAAGUGACUAUUGUCUUGUGUAAGGAAGUGGCUGCUCUUUCGAAACAAUUUACCUCCUGUUUGACAACAAUAGGGGCUAAAGAGAAGGUAGAGGUUCUUAAUCCAUUAAUUACUGGAGUAUUUUUGGAGGCUUCCAAUAGUGCAACCUACAUUCAGGACGCAUUUCAGCUCCUGCUUCCAGUUCUUCAAAUUUCUGAAAUCCAGAUUCGCUCGGACAUCACUGUACACUGACUUUAUUCAUUUGCCUGAUACGAAAUUUUUGUUCAAGUUCUCUGCCAAAACUUGAUUAACAAGUGCGGAUUAUUUAAGGUUGCAUUUUGUGAGCAGUGGAGGCUGUUUUAGACAGAUUCUGAUGGGAGGUGGAGUUUAGCAGUGAAGGAAAAGCAAUCCUGCUCCAAAUAAAAGCUGGACAUUUGAUGAGUUUGAAUUUUUUUUGGAAAAACAUUUUUCUUUCUUUUGGUCUGAUUUCUGCAAGAUUCCAAUAUUAAAGUCAGGAUAAGAGUUAGCUCAGAUUUCUUGAAAUUAAAGCUUUUGUCUUUAAGUGACAGAAUGCUUCAUGCCUUAAUUGCCUCUAAAUAUAUUUUUGUCCAGUUUAAAAUAAUACAUAUUUUUUCAGUUAUUAAUUGCAUUUGUACAAAAUGAAAUGUUAUUUGUAAGUAUGUUAUAUACAAUAUAAAGGACUUGUGUAAAAAUCAAAUAUUUGAGAUUAGGCCCCAAAUGAAAUACAUAAACAAACAUUGUAAUGGAAUAAAGUAAAAAAAACACUAAAGACUUCGUAUUGAUUAGCUAACAUUUUUAAACAUUGCCCACUUUGUAAAUAAAUCAGGUUUUAUUUACACUUUUAUUUUCAUUUAGUAUUUAUAUAUUUACAGUCAAAUCAAGUUAUUUAAGGUCUCCAGCAUUAUAUUUCUGUUCUGAAAUGUUUGGUCAUUUGAACCUUCAAACUCUAGGGGUGACUUUUAAAUGAAACUUUUCUAUUUUUAGGCCACAAAUUUUGAAGUUAAGUUUACAUGAAAUCAGCUUUUAUAAAAGUAAAUACAGUAAUGGAGAAUGCACAGAAGUAAUUAACCUAGUGGCAGUAUUUCACUAUAGUUUAAUGUCGGUUGCCAGUCUGAUCAUUUAACUAAAUUCACUUUAGGUGCAUUUAAACAUUCUUAUUUUGCAUCUCAAAUAUUUGAGAUAAUUCAGUGAAUUAUUUUGAAUACACUAAGAAUUGACUCAUAAAUAGAUCUAAAUUCAUGCUGUGAGAAACCCAUGGAGCUUUGUCUGUCUUUUAUCCAGAUGAGCUAUUAUUAACAUGUUCUAGAUUUUUUCAUAAUGCCAUAGUUCUGGCACCAUUCAGAGAGCAGCAGGGAGCUAUGUCAGUGUCAUACCUGAUUCCUUGUUCAACCAUAACCUUUUUUUUUAAAGAAAAAGAUAAACUAGUCCCUCAUCUUGUGUGUUAAAGCAGAUGCAGUUCAAAGUAAUUAAUUACAUGUAAAAUGCAAUGGCCCAUGACUCUUCUGGAUAAAAUGUGCAUUUUAUAUAAACAUGUUUCUAUGUAAAUCAAGAUAGCUUGAUCAUCUGUGAGUUCAGCUCAUAGUUAUGGGUAAAGUAUAUUUGUAGCUGCCACAACUUAUAGCAUUUGCUUCUCUUCUGUGAAGGAAUUAAGAAGCUUUUAAGUGUUCAAGCCUGAUCUUUUGGUGCUGGCCUAUCUAGUUAUACAACCCUUUUAAUAUAUCAUCUUAAAUUAAGUUUAAUCACUCACCUGCAGUAGCAGCAAUAUUACAUUCACAUCCAGCAAAUGGAGGAUAUAUUAUUCUUAGUUCCUUGGGUUCCCAUUCAUUAGUUACUACAAAUUAUAGCACCUUCUUCCUUUAACUGAGUCUUAUAUUGCCUAGAGAAAAUAGUAUUUACUAAAUCUUAUUUUCAAUAUCAGGAAGUUGGUGGUCACCAAGGAAUAAGGGGAACUUAAUUCAUUUUGUCGUAAAUAUUCUGCAUUUUAAUUUAGAAUCUGUAAUAUGUAGUGAUGUAUAUCAAUUUUGGUUUCAUUUAUAAAAAUAAAUGGAACAUUAUUGUUUAUUGAUGUUA